AUGAGGCUGUCACUGCAUAUUGCAGUGGUCCUGCUUGCAGUCUACCACACGUGCAAGGCAGACCGCUCAGAACGAGAUGUCUCGAGCUUCUACAACCAGAACUACGCGGUGCUGGGUGCUCCAAUUGAGGCCAAUCUGAAUGAGGAUGGGUAUUUCUAUCCGAAGCCGAAGAUACCUUUCCCUCCACCGCCACCACCACCACCGCCGUCGAGGCCUCCACCGCCGCCACCCCCGCCACCAACCAGACCACCCCCACCUCCAACAAGGCCUCCACCACCACCAACACCACCUCCAACAAGGCCCCCACCACCACCUACGUACAGCACGCAGAUCGAUAUUAGCAGAACAACGGGCUACGAGUACCCCAUUCCUAAAAAGCCUUUCACUCUUCCGACACGACCACCACCACCUCCCACAACUCCUGGACCUGUAACUUACUUACCGCCAACCACGAGACCACCCUCGACAUACCUUCCGCCACCAACGACAAGACCACCACCACCUCCACCACCUCCAACAACCAGGCCACCUUCAACAUAUCUACCACCCCCAACAACAAAACGACCACCACCUCCUCCACCACCACCGACGACAAGGCCACCACCACCACCUACAACUCGGCCACCCUCAACCUAUUUACCUCCCUUAACAAACAGCAGGCCGCCACCACCCCCACCCCCAACCACACGGCGACCACCACCACCCCCACCUCCAACUACACGGCGACCACCACCACCACCACCCCACCUCCAACAACAAGACGACCACCACCACCACCCCCAACAACGACACGGCGCCCUCCAACUUACUCCACAAUAA